AUGGCCACAGUGGUGGCAUCAGCCUUUCUUGGGAAUCUGGUGGCAGCGUGCCCAGCACCAUGCACCUGCCCAGCAGCAGGCGGUGUGGUGGACUGUGGGGGCCUCCGCCUGCUCAGCCUUCCUCCCAGGCUCCCUGACAGAGCCUGGCUCCUGGAACUGAGCCAUAAUAAUCUCAGUAGCCUACCAGUUGGCUCCUUCCAGGGCCUCUGGGGACUGCGGGUGUUACUGCUUUCUCACAAUAUCCUGCAGGAUCUGGCUGAUGGGGCCCUGGGAGGCCUCAGAUUCCUGGAACAGCUGGACCUCAGCCACAACCAACUGGCCUACCUGCCCCCAGACUUCUCAGCCACCUUGGGCACUCUGCUCCGCCUGGACCUCUCUCACAACCUGCUGGCCACCCUGGACCCCAGCAGCCUUUGCGGCCUGGGGAGCCUGGAGCAGCUUGAUCUCAGCCACAACCAGUUGACUGAGCUGGCUGCAGGUGGACUUGGGGGCCUCUUCCACCUACGCUGGCUCUCAUUAGCCAGAAAUCAACUGCAGCAGGUCAAGAGUGCCACCCUGGCCACCAUGCAGGGCUUGGAAGUCCUGUCUCUGGCUGAGAACCACAUCAAUGAGCUAGAGGCCGAGGUGUUCGCGGCCCUGAGGGCACUGGGCCUCCUCUCUCUCGUGGGCAACCAACUGCAGCACCUUGAGUUCAAGGCAGUGGUGAACAUCCGGACAGCAGGCACACGGCUGCUGCUGGCCAACAACCCCUGGAUAUGUGACUGUGACCUGCAGCGAGCCUUCGGGAAGCUGGGUCACCUGCGGCAUUUACAUGUGGCUGACCUGGACAACUUGACGUGUGCUGGGCCUGAGCGACUGGCAGGAGCGAGACUGAGUAGUGUGGAGGCCCGGCUCUGCCUGGCUGAGACGGCCACGGUGCUGGGCAUCACAGGCACCAUGCUGAUCGCUGUGGCUAUGGCUGUGGUUAUGGCCGAGCACAAGCGCAGGCAGGGCCCUGGAGAGCUGGGGAGCCCUCUGGAAAGGUGA